UGUCGACGUCCGGCCAUAAUGCCGCAAAUGCUCGGAAUACCUUGGGCCAGCCAACUGCCAAUGGAACGAAGGCGAAGACGGCCUUGGUGCCGACGAACAACGUUACAACCAUGGAGGGCCUAACAGUCCGAACGCGCAUUGACCCGACUCUAACGGUGGACGAUGUGAUGAAGCAGCUGUGCAUCAGUCUGGAGAUCAAGCAACCGCCUUCAAACUUCGCAUUGAGGGACGAGACGGAUGAGCUGGUGACGAAUGAUAACUUGAGGAAGAAAAUAAAGAAUAAGGUUAACCUGAAGUUGGUAAAUGCACCGGCUCGUGAGGCAAGAGAGACCGCCGAGAAACUGGGCAACAGAAGCGACCGUAACUUGAGGUUGACGCUCUUUUCCUUGCACAAGUUCAUACGUGAGGAGGAAUUCGCGCGCGAAUUUCUUGAUCACAAUGGGCUGAACGAGUUGGUCGAUGUCAUUUUCAACACCCAUGGAAACACACUGGCUGACGCUUUGACGGCGAUGCAAAAUUUGAUGGAACUUGAAUACGGGUGGGAGACCUUGACCGACGCUUUCAUCCUAAGAGUUGUUCAAAUCCUCUCAUCCCCGCAAUCCUUGAUCAACGUCUGCCGGCCGGCCACGGCGAUCCUGAAGAAACUCGUCGAGGCCGAUCCGAUGAGUGCCGCUGGACCACAAGUCGCUAGCUCAAGUCGUGGACCUCCGACUGCUCAACCGGGUUCGAUAUACCGUUAUGGGUUCCAGGUCGUGUUCGAGCAGAUGAGAAAGGAGCGUGGGUUGUUGGAGACUGUGGUAAACCGGCUGGGAAGUGCGGAUACGGCCAUGGCGCAAUACAGGAUGAUGCUGAUCAAUUCUCUGCUUUCUCAUGCGAGCGAUGCGCGAUGGGAAGAGUUUAUUUCAGAGUUGGAGCGGUUAAAUGUUCGAAAGGCGGUUGUGGGGUUGAUGUCCCUUCACACCAUCGAAGACUUGACCUCAUGCAUCCUUGACUUCCAAGCAAACAUCGUCAGAGUCACCUAUCGGAAGAAGACAACCAUCGUCGAUCCGGAGGCGGAGGAGGCACACGCCACAGCCUUGAAUGUCAUAUGGGCACAUAGCAAACUGGAACAGGAAGUGGAUGAGAAGGGAGAAGUGUUGAAAUGGCGUAAACUUGGGUUCGAAACGGAAGACAUCGUCCAGGAAUUCAGUGAAGUGGGGUUACUUGGUUUGGAAUGCUUGGAACGGUUUGUUGAGAGUGAUCCGGACUUUUCAAAAGUUAUUCUUGAACAGUUAAGCCGGCCUGCUGAGCGCAGAUGCACGCUGGCGAAAGCAUCAAAUGAGGUAGUCGAGUUGCUAUCAGAGCAUUGGGCAAUCUUUGCUCCCGGUUGUUCAACAUCGACCACCUUCCAACCUUUCUUCCUUGACUUCCAUAAAGUUCAUUCACUGGCAAUGCAUUUCUUCAUGCGUAUGUGGAGCGAGAGUGGGGCAGCGACAGACGACUUCACGCGUGUCGUCGCCCUAGUCCGGAGUCAGGUGAAGGUGGCUCUCAGAAGAGAAAACGUCAGACCGUGGCAUGAAGUUGAACAAGAAUUCAUGGAAUGCGAAUACCGUGCCGUCAGAGAUCGACAAAUGAAGGAACUUGAGCUUGAAGAUGAUCUGUUGAGCAAGGUCCCCGUCCGGAAUCUCCGUGCCAAACUCUACAAGGAAUCAUACGAGUUCGUGCGGCAGCAGAGAAUACAGUGCCUCCUCCAAGGAGCGUGGUUUGUCAACGCCAUUCCUCAGUCGUCUCCUCGAGAUGCUGCUCGGCGUCCACAUCGACCCUGGCGAUUCAUGAGACUGGAUACUGGUUUGAAGUACCUCCAUUAUGUUGACAGCGCAAUCAAGUUCCCUGUCCGCAACGGCCUUGAAGACUUGCCUGAAAGGAUCGAUAUCUCUAUGAUCAGCGAGAUUGCGACCAAUACCUGUGCUCCUCCUCCGAACAUUCUUCGAGACCAUAGCGACCCACAUGUCGCAUCUCCACUCUCUUUUUCUUUGCUGAGUGCACACGAAGGGUCACUGGCUGACCAAAUUGCACCUGAUCAAUCACGCUGGGCAGAUUGGACAGACGGCUUGAACAUGUUGAGAAGAGACGGCGGCCAUGUUGCGUCGAAGGAGACUGCCGGAUUCGUGCAAGCCCUGACGGAGAUUGGUCUGAAGAUCAAAUUACUUGGUUUGUCGGGUGAGAUGGUGGAGAUCCCUAGCGGGCUUGUAUCUGGGCCUCCACCAUUGAACACUGAUUUCUUUUUCUCGGAUUUGUAAU